ACCAUAGUACUUGGCGAUAUUCAUGUUGGGAUCUGGUGUCGGUCUGACCCAAUGACACAUGACUGCAUUGUAGUGGUCCGGUUAUAGCUGCUACAGCUACGGGUCCAUGUGGUCAUUGCACGUUCCUGAAUUUGUGUGAGAACUAUUUGUUUGAAAGUAGUUUUAAAAGGGAUGCGGAAAGAUUCACAUAUCAACAUCAUGCGGCAGGGUAUAUUUGUUGUGUUCCUCGUUUGUGCAUUCCAUGGCGUCACCGGAGAUACAGCAGCAGAUCUCCAGGCGAUUAUAGAUGAGUUUUGGGAUUGGCGGCUGCUUGAGAGUCCGGAGUUUGGUUCAAAAUAUGGCAUCUAUGCACACGAGAACAUGGUUGAAGAAUAUUCUUUCGCGGCUUUUGAUAGGAGGAAGCAAAAAGCAGACGAACUCUACACGCGGCUGACUAAUCUAGCAGACGUGAAACUGAGAGGUCAAGACAAGAUGAGUUUUGCUGUACUCAAGAGUUUACUAGAAAAUUACCGGAUGGGUUAUGAGUUUAGAUACUAUGGCCCUAUGAACCCGGCCAACAGUAUGGAAACGCCAAUCUCCGAGUGGAAGAAGUACAUAUCAUGGAUGAGGACAGACUCUGCUAAGGACUAUGAGAACAUAAUCUCUCGUAUGGAGAAGAUCCCAGCCCAGAUGAACCAGUUAAUUGUUUUCCUUCAGAAAGCUAUUGAUAUGGGGACCACUGAUCAUGAGAAAUCCAUGAGCGGCAUACAAAAAAGCUUUGAUGAUCUCGCCGGAAGCCAACCAAAUGAAACCUUCUUCUAUGCACCAUUCACUAAAAUGCCAGCAGCCGUUAAUGCAAGCGCCCAGACCGCCUUGAAGCAAAAAGCAGAAACUUUAAUCAAGGACAACGUACUUACCUCUUUCAAAAAACUUGGAGACUUCCUUGUAAACACUUAUAUGAAGAAUCUCCGCCCAAACAUGGCAGCUAUCUCCAUGCCCAACGGGAAGAAGUACUAUGAGGCCUGUCUCAAAUGGCAUUUGUCGAUGGACAUGUCGCCAGAGGAGAUUCACAAGAAGGGACUCGAGGAGGUUGAAAGUAUUGAAGCCAAGAUGAUAAAGAUAAUGCGAGACAACAACUUCGAUGGAUCUGUAAAGGAAUAUAUUGCCAAACUUAACGCUGAUCCUGCUAACCAUUAUACGACCGAGGAGGGUAUGUUGAAUGGAUUUAGAGACAUCAUCGAGAACAAAAUCAGAAGUAAACUCGGUCUCGUGUUACCUAUUGACUCUGUACCAAAACUUAAACUAGAAGUGCGAAAAUCUGAAAAUACGGGUGGAGCUACUGGUAGAUAUUCAGAGCCGCCAGUUGAUGGAAGUAGACCAGGUAUCUUCUGGGCAAACGUCUACGAGCCAGAGACCAGGGCGAAAUAUAACAUGAUGGCAUUAGCGCUCCACGAGGCUGAGCCGGGCCACCACACCCAGGCUUCUUAUAACUACGGCAACAAUCUACCACUCUUCAGACGUCUGAUCGAAUACAGGAAAUACUACGCUGUCCCUUACAACUGGCCUUUCUUCACAGCUUAUAUUGAGGGCUGGGCGCUUUAUGCUGAAUCUCUUGGCGAAGAAAUGGGUGUAUAUGAGGGAAAUGAUUUCUUCGGUAAAUAUGCAUCAGAAAUCCAUAGAGCAGCUCGUUUGGUAGUCGACACUGGCUUACAUUACUACAAUUGGACUUAUGAACAAGCCACCGGGUAUUUAUCCAACUACACCGCCCUACCUCCUCACCAAAUAGAGAAUGAACUUAACAGAUACAUUGGCUGGCCAGGACAGGCUGUUUCCUACAAGAUAGGUGAAAUCAAGAUCCGGGAAUUACGCGACAUGGCCAAACAAAAACUGAAGGAACGGUUCAGUCUUCUUUCUUUCAAUAACGAGACCCUCUUCACCGGACCAGUCCCCAUGGACACUCUAGACGCUCAAAUCAAGAGGUGGAUAGACCGCGUGAUACUUACUGCUGGGGCGCCACGCCUCUCUUUUAGCUUCUUUACCCCUAUGGUGGUGAUGCUGCUUGGACUCUUCCUUCGAAAUUAGUGAAAAAAACAAUGCAAAUUCAGACCAAUACAAAUGCAUUACGUGGUACUGUAAACCGCCAAAUGUGACCUAAUUAUUGUUACGAUUCGCGAAUAUUUCUUAUUUUCACAAUUUUUAUUUUAUCAGCGAAUUUCAUUCGGUUUCUUAAAUAGAAAAAAACAUUUUUUGUGAUUUUUCUGUUAUGGACUCUACUGUUAUAGACAUAGGUGUGACUUUUUUUCAAACUCACUUCAGGGAUCUGGGUCCAAAAUACUCUAAAGUAGGGCAAUACACUUAAAAGUUAGUUUUAAGAGAGUAUUAAGUAUUCUUUUGUCAUGUUUUCGGCAACUUUUGUUGGAACAAAGUUUUAAAAAGUUGAAGUUUAGGUUUUGAGUCUGAUAUCAAUCACGACGGUUGAGGUUAAAAUACGACUUAACACUUUAAUGAUUAAAGUACCACCACUUAGAAGAGGGACUGCAUUUACAUUUCUUCACUUGGUCAUCUUGAUAUGUAAAAUCUGAAUGCAGUGACUGUACAAAUAAUUUCUGUAGAACGCAUCAUUUUCUAACCAAUAAUGAGAGUACCCGUUGAUUCAGUAUUAAAGUACAUGUACUUAUAAAAUAAGCUUGUGCGCUCAUUUCUAUAAAUCAUUGGUGUGUGUCUUGAUCACAUGA